CUUUUAGUAAUUCAUCAUUGUACAAAUAAGACUAACAUUUCCUUUUCAUCCAUGAGCAACUCUGGCCAAAAUGAAAUACCACAGCCAAUUCACCCAUUGCUGCUGCCAGAGAUUCUCGUCCUUAUUGGCCCUCAUCUCAGCCAAGCAACUGUUUUGCAGUGCGUCCUUGUCUGUAGUAUAUGGAAUGUCUACCUGACGCCCUUUCUCUUUCAGCGUGUCAAUUUGCCCAAGCGAAAGCAGCUUUCUCUGAGCGGCAGUGGCAAGCGAGCUUCACGUCCCAUGAUAUCAGCUUUACAACGUAAUGGCUCCAACAUACAAACCUUAAUCUGCGCUGAUAAUAAUACUAUCCUACGCCAGAUCAUACCCUACUGCAACGCAAUCGAGACUCUGGUGCUGGCCAAGAUUACGACUGAGGUGGUCUCUAUCUUGAGGCACUGCAAAGAGACGCUUACACAACUGGAGUUUACACCUGCUGCACGGCCCUCAGCUUCACUCCCUCUCCCAACAUCGUCCUCCUCUCCAGCCUCGCUUUCUCCAUUAUCAUCAGCACCAUUACAUUUCAGGACAUCUUCAUUUAGCAGCACUAUUCCGCGACUGUUAUGGACAGAGUCUAAUGAGAUAUUAGAAGCUAUUCUCCAGCUUUCAAAGCUUAAGCACCUUGUUUUAAGUUUCCUAGGGCUCAGAACUGCCGAACAGCUGACACCAUUUUUCCAGUUUUGUCAACAGCAUCUCGAAUCAUUAGAACUUCACAAUACUGCUGUAUUCGGGUGCUCGCCUAAGCCCAUGGAAUUCAACAAACUGCGAUCGUUAUGCUUAGUAGAAAGCACCAUGAGUUAUCAAGCCCAAGCAUUAUUAGUGGUACAGUGUCCUUAUCUUAAGCAUAUUACUUGGAUUAGUAGCCAGUUUGUUAUACCAAUGAGCAUAAUAGGAGGGAUCCGGAGGGGCGACAAUCAAGAGGAUCAAUAUAGUCAGAGUGGUCACGAUGAUAGGCGGGCGAAUUUAAAGAGCCUAGAGAUCUCGAACGGGAUUGCUCUGGAUGAAGACAUAGCCUGUGCGCUAGAACGACUACCAUCCUUGGAAACGAUUUUGGUCCGAGAAAGUCUAUUUGGGUCGCUUUGUUUACAAAUUGUGUUAAAGUAUCUACAGAAUCAAAUCCAAGUAAUUGAUGUUGCAGAUUGUAAGGCCGUGACGCCUGAGAUGGUGUGUAUGAUGAUGCUAUCAUGCCCAGCGUUAAAAAGCCUAACAGCGGAUCGGAUACGGGCCAUGGAUGUGAUUGAGUUGUCGCCUACAUCAUCGCCGGCGCCAGCUGUAUGGCUCUCAUCACCGUUGCCAACGUCACCUUCGCUUCAACAAAGGCGGCAAGAGUGGGUGUGUCAUGGACUGGAAGAAUUACGUGUCGUUUUUGUGGGACCAUCUUUAUUGACACCGUACGAGACACAACAUGCAAUCUACAAUCAAAUCGCUAAAUUGAGAAACCUGCGGCUCUUGAGUCUCGGACGCAAUGCAUCUACAUCGUCCUACUCGGUCAAAUCAGUAUUAGAUUUAACCCUGACAAAUGGACUGACACAACUAGCACCAUUGAGAGAGCUGCAGGAGUUUGACUUUUGCCAAAUGUACCAUAAGAUGGGAAUGGAUGAAUACAAAUUUAUGUUGAAGAAUUGGCCUAAGCUAGAGGUAAUGCAUGGGUACCUUCACACAGAUAGUGACCGAGCAGCAUUUGUAGAGAGUUUUCUGCAGAAUGAGCGCCCAGGGAUUAGACUGAAGCAUAACCUUAAAUAUAAACGCACUCUGACACGAACAGUUUGCUAAACAAAAAAGGAAAGCGCCACAAAUUUUCUUGGAAAAAAGCCUCUGUAACGUGCAUAAAAAAAAACUUUUCUCUGUUGAACUGUUAGU